AUGUCAGAAAUAACAUCAAAUUAACCUCAACUUGAGUCUCAAUUUCUAAAUGAAUUAGUAAAUUAAUAAGGAUAAACGAUUGGGUAAAAUCAAAUAAGUUAAAAUGUAAAUAUUGAUACUGUGAGUAAUAAUGAAUAAUAAUAAAACAAGAAUGAUCAUAUAAUAUAGUUAUUAAUGUAAGAAGAUCACUUAUAAGGUUAAGAUAAUAAAUAAAAUGGGGAAAGGAAUGAAGAUAAAUAAGAUGAAUAAAAGGAUAGUUUAAUAAUGAUUCCUAGAUAAGAUGUAAAUUCUUAAGUAAUAUUGGCUGGAUUAGAGAGUAACGAUGAAGAUAAAAAAAGUUAAGAAGCAGAUUGUAAAUUACUUUAUAAGAAAUAAAGAUAAACAUCAAUAAUAAUUGAUGAUGAUAUAAAUUAAGAUGAUAAUGAGAGUACUCCUAAAAAGACAAUAAAGAAUGAGAAAAACAAUAUUCCAUUAGAGGAUGCAUUAGUAGUAUCAUAAAAUGAUUCAGAAAAGUAAGAAGUAGUUUUACCUCCACCUUCUCAAAGAUCUUCUGAAUUAUCAUAAGUUGAAUAAUAGAAACCAUUUGAACAUCAAAAUGUUGAAGAGAAAUCUUCUAUUUUAGACUAAAUAUUAAAACCAGAAUAAAUAUUAAAACCUGAAUGUACAAUAAAGAAAUAAUAGAAAGACUUUUUCUCAUUUACAUAACCAGUAUCAACAACAAACAUUAGUAAUUAAUAUUAAAAGAAGAAUAAGAAUCCAAUUUUAAUUGAUUCUGAUGAUGAAUAACUACCUCCUUCAAAUAUCAGUAUAUUAAAAUAAAAGAUAGAAGAUACAACACCAUCCUCUUUCUUUAGAAAAAAGCCUGUUGAAAAUUAAGUACCUAUAGAGAUUGGAGAGAAUGAUAAUUUCUAAUCAAAUCAAAUAGAUAAAUAACAAAAGAUUACUUAAUUAUUAUAAUAACCUAUCACUACUACUAAUUAAGUUUAAACAAAACCAUUAAAUUAACAGUAGAGAAAACAUUAAGCAUUAUUAGAAGAAAUAGUAUAAGAAGAUGAUGGAAUUGUAUAAGAUAUUGAUUAUUAAGAUUGGAGUUUAUUUAAUUAAUUAAAUAAUAUGAUAACUCCAAAAUUUUCUGGUUAAUUUAGAAUGUUAGAAUACAAAGAUAAUCCAUAAGAUAUGAUAAGAUUAUUAUUUGGAGAAAGUAGAUUCAAAGAUCUUAUGAAAACAUGUUAAACUAGUGAAUCUGAAUUCUGGUUAUAUCUAGGUACUAAAUUAAUAAUGGGAUACAUGAGAUUACCUGAUAUUAAUGAAUAUUUUUAUGGAGAAGAUUGGAUAGCAGGCGGUGGAAUUAAAUCAAUAAUCACUUAAUAAUAAUUUGAUGAUAUUGAUUAAAAAGUAGAAAUCAUUUAACCAAAAUUAUAGACUGAAUCAUAAUUAGCUGUUAAAUUAGAAUUCAAUGCACAAACAUUUUUUAGAUAAGAAUAUCUUCCUUAAUUUACUUAAGAAUUAAAUGAUAGAUUCAAAAAACUAAUAUUACCAGGAUAAGAAUUAUUCUUAAUCUCUAAUUUUUAUACUCUCAUCUAUUCUACUAAAAUAUAAUGGUAUCAAUUAAUCGAUAAAGAAUCUGGUAUUAUAUUGUAAUAAUUCUUUUGGGCUACACCUAUUAAUAAAACAUUAGAUCUUAAUAAUCAUAGAGAUUUAUAAAAAAGAUUAAGAAUGAUGUUUGAACCUUAUCAUUUAGGUAGACAUAUUGUUUAUAGUUAAGGAUUACUUAAUGCUGAAUCAGUAUUACAAUUAUAUUAACAAAAAAUAUUUGUUUGUACUGAUCUUAUGUAACAUUCUUUAUUACCUCAUCCACCUACUGGAGAUUAAUAAAUAUUCUAUUGUUCUAAAAGCAAAGAACCUAUUUAUUUAUGUUACAAAAAUUAAUAAUGGACAACUUGUGUAUCAUUAUAAUCUUUAUAAUUAAAAAAUCAAUACUUAUAAGAAUUAUCAUAAAUGUAAUUUACGGAAGAGAAAAUAGCUAUUCAACCUUCAGAACCUGAAAAUACUUCUAUUAAUUCAACUUCUAAAAUAAUAUUUAUUUUUGUAAUAGAAUCAAUAUUACAUAAUAUAAGAAUACUUAAAAAAUAAGAAAUUAAAACUUUUAGAACUGAACUUGCUCUUUAAUUAAUUAAUAAAUUAAUUGAUUAUAAAAAUCCAAAACCUUUAUUAAGAAAAGAUGGUUCACUAUAAGUAGAUAGAUCUUGUUAAACUGAUUAAACUGUUGGUAUUGUUAAUGAUCAAUUAUAUCAUUGUCCUAUUCAUAAUGGAAAUGCAAGAUGCUAAGUUUGUUUAAGUAAAAGUAUUCUAUCUAAAACUACAGCUUCAUGUCUUGGUUGUAAUAAAGUUCUUGGUACUAAUAUAUUUCUUUGUAUUUAUCCUUGCUUUAGAUUGUUUCAUCUUAAUCCUAAACUAUAUCUUAAAGAAGGUAUGUAUUAUUAAAUUGUUUCUGGAUAUGAUUAAUAUGAUUAAGAUUAAGAAGAUGAAGAAGUUGAUCAAUAAUUUCUUGAUGCCAAUCUUAGAUUUAAACCAGAUACUUCUGAAUUAGAUUCUAUCUAUGCUAAAUCAUAUUAAGAUUUUAAAAAUAUGAUACCUAUCAAUUAUGAAGAUAAUUAUCAUAAAAAAACUACUAUUGUUGUUAUUUAAAGAGAAAAAGGUGCAAAUCGUAGAGGUGGUGGUGGUGGUGGUAGGCCAAAAGCUUCCAGAUAAUAAUAACAAUCUUCAUAGAAUUAAGUUACUUAAGGUAAUCAUUUUAUAUCAUUAUUUUAGCUGAACAAGGCAAUCAAGGUGAUACUUAAGAUGCACCUAAAAAAGUAAGAAAAUAAAACAAAAAAUCAGUCAAUGUUCCUACAUAAUAAGGAUAACCAGAAAAAGAGACAGAUUAAGCUAGUAAUGCGAUGUUCGACUUUUUCAGUCAAGUUAGAAAACAAGCUUAUAAAAAAUAAACCUAAUCCUGAU